UGUAAUUUCAGCAUUUGGUCAGUAGUGAGGUCCUUCAGUGUGGGACAGAGAUGACACUGAUGAGUUUGUUUAGGGAAGGUGUUGCGUGCGCAUGCGCACUCGCGUGUGGAUUUCACUCUGCUCUGCUCCGGCAGAGUUCGGCUGCGUGUCCGCGCGGGAGGAUGAAUGGUAGUAGGACCGAUGACUGAUUGCUUCGACCAGACGCGGAUUGGGAGGUUUGGAGAACUCAUUUCGGUUCCGACACACACACUUGCAGGUGACUGACAAACAGACGAGGAAGAGAAGCGCGAGUUUUGUUUUUUACGCGUCAAACCAACAGGACUCCACUUUCUUCAUCCAUCCUUCUCCGUGAUGAAGACUCCUCUCAGCCCCUCUCAGCUCCUGGAGAGUGGGCAGAUCAUUGCCUUUGGAGGAAUGUGCCAAGAAAUAUUGAGCACAAGCAGCGCUCACACGCUCUCCGUCCAAAAGACUUCUUCCCCAGGUCAGGGUUGGGGCUACUCCCUUUGUUCGGUGUGUAACCUGCAGCUGACCUCGGCUGCUCAGGCCCAGCUGCAUUAUAACGGCAGGUCUCACCUCAGGAGAGUAAGACAACUGCAAGCUGGAGAGACAGGACAACAGACGGCAGCUGUGGCUCAGUCCAGAACCCUUCCUCAGGCCACAGGGGUCAGCUCCAAGCCUGCAGGACUCAAUCCAACUCCUGGCCCAUCUCCCGGCCUCUUGAGCCCGGGCCUCGGCGUCCCCUCCAGCGCCACUACGGCAGGCAAUGGCGGCACUGUGGGUGGAUCGGCACCGGGGCUCAUGGGAGCCACUGGCCCCUCAGUGAUGAUGAAGCCGUUCCUGCCAUUUUCAGUUGAGGCAACAUCUCCAGUUGGACUCUUCCCAAACUUCAACACGAUGGACCCGGUGCAAAAAGCUGUCAUAAACCACACCUUUGGGGUAACCAUGGUGCCCAAAAGGAAACAAAUCAUCUCCUGCAACGUCUGCCAACUGAGAUUCAACUCGGAUUCUCAGGCGGAGGCUCAUUACAGAGGCAGUCGCCACGCCAAAAAGCUGAAGUCUCAGGAGAACAAGGCCAAGUCUAAGAUGUCCGUUUCUGCAGAGACCAAUGGGAACAGUUGUGGCACUCCCACCCCCCUUGUCCCAGCUAGCAACCAGCACACAGAACUGCUAUGCAGCCCCAUUGAUGCUCCCACUCCCCUGAAACCCUUCCUCCCCUCCUCCCCUCUCUCCUCUUCCUCCCCACCGUCCGGCAGAGCGGGCAGUGAGCCUCCUUCCUCCAGCCCUCCUUCUGCUUUGCCAGCUCCUGGCCUUUCUUCUUCUUCUUCUUCAUCUUCAUCCUCUUCUCCUGCUCCUGUCACCCCAUCGUCUUGCUCCGCCGCUCUCCAGACGUCCUCCUCCCAGGAAGCUUCGCUUUCAGUGGAGUCAGAGGAGGAGAAAGCGAAGAAGCUGCUUUACUGCUCUCUCUGUAAAGUGGCAGUCAACUCUCUGUCUCAGCUGGAGGCUCACAACGCAGGUUCGAAGCACAAAACCAUGUUGGAGGCUCGCAAUGGAUCUGGGCCCAUUAAAGCUUAUCCGAGGCCAGGAGCGAAGCUGAAGAGCAGCAGCAGCAGCAGCAGCUCAGCGCUGAAGGGGUCCGGCCUCCAGAACAAAACCUUCCACUGCCAGAUCUGUGACGUCCACGUCAACUCUGAGAUCCAGCUGAAGCAGCACAUUUCCAGCAGGAGGCACAAAGACAGAGUGGCAGGGAAGCCCAGCAAACCCAAAUACAGCCCCUAUAACAAACAGCAACGCUCUUCACUAAAUAAGGAUCUUGGGAAACCCUCCCUCAGUCCCUCCUUCCUUUCUGCUCCUUUCACUUCUCCUCCCUCACCUCUGUCGCCUGCCAUCUCUCUCCCUUCCUCCUCUCUUUCCUCUCCGUCUCUCCUCUCACCCACCUCCUCCCCCCUCACUACUGCCAUCUCCCUCCAUCCUCGCCCUCCAGCAUCAGCAUCCCUCUUCACGGCCUCCUUCCUUCGUCCCGCUCCUGGUCCCAUAAGAGCGAGCCAGGGGUCCAUUCUGUUCGCCCCCUACUGAUGACAGCGAGAAGAGGACAUUGAACCUUUGACCUUCUCACCAGACUGUGACCGCACACAAACCAUCCUCAUCAUCUGUGAAUCAGGCGCGCUCAGACUAACUGCUGACUCAUCAAGUUCACAUCAAGCAUGCAAGCGGAACUGUAAAUAGACCAGGCGCCUGGAUCCCGGCUUAACCGCGGACCGAGAGGAUCCCUCCGGAAGAACAAGAAACUCUUUAUGCAAACAUAAAAACUCCUCUACAAGUGAUGGAAGUAGUCGACGUCAUUUUCAGUGUGGCAUCUCAAGAAGUGGAGAAACUGUUUUAAGCCGCUCAGAAGAAGCGGAAUCACCUUUAACCGCUGCGCCCCCUAGAGGACGUUUGUCAAGAGACUCGUGUUCACAAAAACCUAUAACAAGCUAUUUAAAUAAGCUGCAUAUUUUUCUGUUCAUGCGUUUAAUUUAUAAAGAAAGAAAGGCUUAAAACAGCUCUCAUCCUGGUUUACAGAUUAACUUAACUAAGGCACUCUGCUCACUUUUUGGCAACUAAAAAUUGUUCUGUUUUAUAACAACAGAUUGGAGAAACCUGGAUUUUUGCUCAGGUUGGGUUUUGGGGGAGAAAAACAAAGAAUAUAUAAGCUGUUCUUCCUCUUUGCUAAAAAAAAAGCAAACCAGCACAGACAAGAUGUCAAAAAUAUAUAGACUGUCCUGAACACAGUGCACACAGUCCUGCACUUUUGUUUCUAAUAUAUUUCAUAAAGUGAAAAAAAAAUAUUUAAGAGUAAAGUGGUUUUUAUUUUUCUGCUCUGUGACAGAAAAUAGAUCAUUUCAUUUUCUUUUAUUGUGAAGAUUUUUUUCUGUACAAUAAGAAAAGUUGAGAAAGUUUGCUUUUUUGUUACUAUUUUAGUUUUUUUAACCACUUAAGCAAACAAAUUUGACCCAAAAUCUAUAAACAACAAAAUAGCAUAAAUAUGGCUGAUCGGAAAUCAUCGUAAUUCAAUUUAAAAAAAAAAGACAGAAAUAUUUUUAUUCUGUUUAUUUACACAUAUUUUGCACAUAAAAGUUUAUGAAUUUUGACUGACAAGUCAAGCAACAAUGCCAGCUUAAAAGCACAAGGUGCAGUAAAGUGUGAUGAGACUCUCAAACAUGCCAGCACGUCACCUCCUCGCCGCCGGCGGCAGCUGCAGCAACUUGGAACAAACCGCAGCUUUUCCAUAACAGCUGUGAUGCAGAAACAGACAAAAAAUGAAAAAGGCUGACUUCACAGGGCUCUUGUGGAAUAAAACUCAAAGCAAUAAUUUGAACGUCACAAGGGGAGGACUGAUUGUUGGGUGACGACCUGCUGUAGAACUGAAGAUCUGAAAUGUCCCGUCUGCUGGUUUUACUGUAAAAAAAAUGUUUUGUUGGAUGUUUUUCUCCAUAUCUUCCUUCUGCCUCUUUUAAGUUCCAGAGUUUAAAAAAAAAUCUUGCUGAAUUUUUUUUUGAUGUUUUGAAAACAAGGAGGCACAUAAAUUCAUACAAAUAUGCUCUCAUGUUUGGGUUUUAUACCUAAAAGUUUUGUCUUUAUUUGAACAUUUUUCUGCAUCGUUUUCAGCUCCGAUUUAUUGAAAGCUUUAUUUAUAGCAUUGGAGAGUUUUGUCUUAAUCCUUAAAUACUUAAUUCGAUCUCAUUAUCUCAUGCUGUGGACACAACUGAGCCAAAUCAUUCUCUUCAUUUUUUUUUACUUUUGUUUUGAGCUUUAUUUAUACUUUUCAGCUUUUGGCAGAAUGGAGAUAACUGAAAGUUAUUGACAAGAGGUGAAUGUUAAAGUUUUAGAAGUUGCAACAACUAAUAGUCACGUUUAGACACUCACAUUUGAUCAAACGACGUUGGAACUCAUGAAAAACAUAUUUUUCCUUUUUGUCUCUUUAGUAUCAGUCAGAAAGACAAUGAAAUAUUUCUAAUUAUGUGAAAAGCUAGUGGUGUAACGAUUCAUUAUAACAACAAUUCGAUUCAAUAUUUGUGGUUGGCGAUUCAACCUGAUUCACUGACCUAAGAUCGAUUCAAGACAUCUUUAACCAAAACUUCAACCAGUGUAACUCAGAUAAAUACCUGGUACUGAACAGUGGAGGGGAAGUUUUCCAGAUUUCUAGUAUUUCCUGCAAAAUAAUUAUGGGUAAAUUAAAUGUGUGUACAAACAAACAAGUAAACAAGAUUUAAUGUCAAAUCCAUUCAUAUUUUAGUUUCAUAAAGUUUGCUUUGAUGUCACUUGGUUGUUUUUAACAUUAUAAAAUAAACCUCCAAUGUCUCAAUCCAAAUUGUAUUUUUCAAUAUUGAUUUGCUUAUCAAUUUAUCUCAUUUUCAAAAUUUUUUUUUUAUUCUGUAGAUCGAUUCGAUUUGAUUCCGCCACAGACAGAUCGAUCUGGUUGGAUUGUAAGAAUAGAUAUCUAUUAAUCGUUACAUCCCUCUGAAAAAACAUCAAAAGAACACCCGUUUUUUUAAAGAGAAACUACAGGAAAACUACCACUCUCCUCACCGUUUUUAGGAUCCAAAGUUGUUAAUGCAGAACAUCAGCGUUUUGGCUCCAAGUUAUGAACCGACCUGCAAAUGUGGCCAGAAAACACACACAAAAAACAUAAAUUUAACUAAUCAAAGAAACAUAUCCAAGAUAGAAAUGUGAAGGAUUGGUUCAUCAUCUAAAUAAGUCAAUAAAGAUGUGAUUUUUAACGUAAAACUAAAGUUAAACUUGAGUUUGCCAGAUGUCCUUCUACUUAUCCCCCAGUAUUUGAGUCAAGUGUGAAAUUGGUUCUUUGUAUUUGACCCAUCCCCUGGGGGAGCGGUGAGCUGCAGACACAGCUGCACUCGGCAAACAUUUGGUGGGUUUAACCCCCCGAUCCAUCCCUUUAAUACUGAGUGUCAAGUAUGGAGGAACUGAGUCUCAAUUGUAGAGUCCUCAGUAUGACUCGGCCUGGGAUUGCACUCAUGACCUUCCAGUGUCAGUACAGACACUCUACCACAAGCCCACUGAGCAAUAUUAGUCUUGUUAUUGACAAAGGUUAAGAAGAUCGUCAAUACCAGGAUCUUUGCAAAUAACAAAAUAAAAUAACUUAAAAUUAACAAUAUAUAUAGAAUGUUUCAGCUCCGCCACUGUGUUGGUGUCUAACAUUUUUAAUAAAAAAGAGUAUUUCAGAGGGUUUGUCUGAUGUUAUUUCUGCAGAAAUAAAUGUCUGCUUGCUUUCUGAUCAUCAGGGUCCAAACCUGUAUAACAGUGGAUGUCACCACAAGGGUUUUUUUUUUAUUUUUAGAUCCCUCCCGCCAUACUGACUUUUCUUGUCUUUUGUGAAUGAUGCAGACCUUUAGGAUAGAAUGCAAAUCCGAAACGAUGAACUGCUGAACACUAAGACUCUGGACUGCUUUCUUCAACGAAUCUCUCAGGUGACUGAUGUCAGCACCAACGAUCAAAUCAUGUUUGAGCUGGGCUUGUUUUCUAACCUUUCAAGUGGUCAAUACUUUGUCAUCUGUCUUUCUGCCUCUUCCUGGAUAACUUGAAGCACAUCAGUCUUCCAGAAAUACAAAAAAAUAACAGGUUUAAGGACAUGCCGUGUGUUCAUCUACUGUAACUAGAUCCUAUUUGAUGUCUGUCAUGAAUAUGUGACAUGUAAAGGAAGUGUCAAAUCUGUUGCUUCUAAUUGAGCUCCACUGAAGUUAUUAAAAAAAAAGAAAUUGAGCUUGUAACUGGA